CUUAGGGCAGGAGAUAAGGACAAUCACGUGCUGCUGCUGCUGACAACGCCAAUGCCCGUGCCCAUUGCUCGCUGUGACUGACUGUCGGUCGGGAUGCCUGCCUGCCUGGUGGUGUGCAAGAAAAAAGCCGCAGCCGUCUGCGUACUCGUCCUGUUCUUCUGGUUGUUGUGGAAGGUGGGAUAGAGUACGGGUUCUUGUUCAUCUUGUUCUCUAUCUCGCUUCUCUCCUUUGACUCCUUCCGCCGAGGGAGCAAAGAGAGGGGCAGGACAAGAGGCAGAGACCCAAAUGUGCUAGAUCGCGAGGCUUCUUUGCAUGUACGUAUGUAUUUGGAAUUGGGCGGGGCGGGGCCGAUGUGAUUGGAGCGAGUGGAAUAAGCGCGGGCGGUCCUGCGUAUGCCAUACAAAGAGCGUGACGGGCUUGAAUUAGGGUCGUCUCCAUGCUCCGCGAAUUGCAGCACAGCAGGCAGACGGAUGCCGACAGCCUGAUUUCUGCAUUUGCUCGUGGUGUCCGCCGGGUGGGAAUCAUUCGCUCACUCCUUCCCUUGUUCGCUUCGGUCAGCAGCGGACUUGAAUGAGAAAUACAAAAUUGGCAGGCGGGCAGGGGGUUCGACUCGUGCUCAUUGAGGUGGCCUUGGCUCGCUCGCAAAGCUUAUCAUUCUUACGUAGAUUUUUCAUGAUAAUCAAUUCUCGCGUUGGGGGAAACUGAGGAGUGUAAUUCGACGAGAAACUGACCAACUGCCCUACCUUUGCCGGUUGGCCCGGACAAUUGUGCGCACUUCGGCCGCGAAGUACCCAUCCGACUGCUCGCGGUCAAUUUAAAGCAUCGACUUGUGUUGAUUGCCUCCAAAGCACGGAAUUUGCGACUGCAUUAUCGCCACAUCGUAUAUCCAGCUCGCGCAGUGACGUGCAAACGCGGGAGAUGAGAAAGUGGUAGAGAACUUGGCGUGAAGCGAGUAUGGGAGCAAAUUGCCUUGAUGUGCGUGCCUUUGGAAUCAAAAAGGAGUCGAGGAAGCAUCACAACAGCAACAAGAACAUCAGCAGCAGCAUUUUUAUCUCCAAGCGUUGCAUUCAAUCAAUAACGAACAAUUAGGUUUUGCAGAUUGAGCAACAGAACGGGGUUUGUUGCCAAUGGUGGGGUUUUGCUGGAAGCCAGUUCUGGAUGGGAAGUAAAGAUCGGAAGAGAGAUUUGAGCAACCGCCGGGUGAAGCUGAAAUCGAAUUUGAAAUUGGGUCGGGGAAUCGAGUUGGCAGGAGGAUUGUGGAGUAGUGGCAUAGAAAGGAACAGGAAUGGAGCCCCUUUGGACGUUGAUAAAUUUGCUGGAGCCAUCAUCCUUAGUGCUGAUAGCUACAGCGGUUUUCGUGGUGCUAGCAUCCGCACAGCGUGCUUUGAACUAUGAGAAAGAGGCUGAUCGUCACCGUGACUUUUCAGAAGCAUCCAUCACACUGGACACCUCUCAAGCGCUAAUGAUUCCGAUUGCUAGUUCGUGCAGUUUAUUACUCAUGUUCUAUCUCUUUUCUUCUCUAUCUCAACUCGUCACGGCCUUCACAGCCAUUGCAUCCGCUUCAUCUCUGGCCUUCUGUCUUGCCCCUUAUGCCACCUACAUGAAUUCCAAAGUGUCCCCUUUGAACCCGAUCGUCAGCCGAUGCUGUUGUGGACCCCUGUCCCGCACUCAAGGAAUGCUCGUCGUGGUCAGUGUGGGGAUGGUGGCAGCUUGGCUCAUUUCUGGCCACUGGGUUCUGAACAACAUUCUCGGCAUCUCCAUAUGCAUAGCCUUUGUAAGCCAUGUGCGGCUUCCCAACAUCAAGAUUUGUGCUCUUUUACUGGCCUGUCUGUUCGUGUAUGAUAUAUUUUGGGUGUUCUUCUCGGAGCGCUUCUUCGGGGCCAAUGUGAUGGUGUCGGUGGCCACACAACAGGCGUCAAACCCUAUGCACACGGUUGCCAAUUCCCUGAAUCUUCCAGGUCUCAAGUCCAUCACCAAGAAACUCGAUCUUCCUGUGAAGCUGCUCUUCCCUAGACAUUUGCUGGGGGAGCCUGGGGGGCCCAACGGAGAAUUUAUGAUGCUAGGUCUUGGAGACAUGGCGAUUCCUGGAAUGUUGCUCGCCCUGGUCCUUUGCUUCGACCAUAGGAAAGGCAGGGACUUCGAUAUGGAGCUGGCUUUCCCGAAGGUGAAUGGCUCGAAGUACAUUUGGUACGCUGCGAGUGGGUAUGCAGCUGGUCUAAUUGCAGCGUUAGCGGCAGGUGUUCUCACCCGGUCUCCUCAGCCUGCUCUGCUCUACCUGGUUCCUUCUACUCUGGGACCAGUGGCGUUUGCAGCAUGGACCAGAAGUGAAUUGAACGAACUGUGGACGGGACCAAGGCCCGUUGUAACAGACAAAGUGCGCCUUUUGGAGGUUUAGUUUUUGGAUUCACUCAAAAAUUGACACUAUGGUAUACCAUCUCAACACUGCUGUUGAACUGCGACGGGUGGGCGAUCCAUGAGAACCUCCUUACGCACUCCAUCACCCCUUUUAAAACCCUUAUACGAUUCAAAGGACCGUUGGAUCGUUCAUAAUGGGUCUUGUCAUUGGAUGCUGCUUAUUUUUGUUGCACACCAUGACUCAUUCUUUGAAUAUUGAUGACUGGAAUCCUGAGUUUCCUACUUGGAGAUAGAAAUAAAGAGGAGAGGGGGUGUCUGUAUGAUAUUGGUCGGUCGACUUUUGGAUACACCUCCAAAGCCACUGUGGUUUGUUUGUCAGUAGCCUGUUCUAUGGUGUCACAGUCACGUGGUACAGAUUUUACGUGGUACAGAUUGCAUACAUUUAGCGCAUUGCCUCCUGUUGAUUAUGUACUCAGAAAUAGGCUUUAGAUGUAGCUAGCUGGAGACACGCAGCUGGUUGGUUGUCUGUCAGAGCUUGAGUUCUUUCAGUGUUACCACAUCAUACUGUAAUGCAUAUACUUUCCUGCUGAUCCAGCUCAGUGCAAUACUAAAUCCUUGAGAAUCAUGCCGGAGUUAUUGAAGAGAUGCUGCGAAGUGCCCGUCUCGUGGCUACCUGUACAUUCUCAUUCGGUUUUCAUCUUGUCAGUCCUUCACUGGUCCUCGUGCUUAAUAGGCCUGCAAGUGAUUUUUGUUGUAGACGAGACCAGAAGCUCCAGAUUUUCUUGCAAGAGGAUCGAGUUAGUAGGGCUAUUUGGUUUUAAUCUUAUGGCGACAUCCUUGAAUGACAGUUCAGG